UCGUGGGUAGACAAGAUGCAAGAAGAUCUUGUAACAUUAGCACGAACUGCAAGUGGAGUGGACCAGCUUGCUGCGAUUUAUGUGAAAAACAGGAAUUUGUAUACUGUAGAAGCCAACAACCCUCGUCAGCUAGUGGAAAUUGCAGCCAGAGACAUUGAAAAACUUCUGAGUAACAGGUCUAAAGCCUUGGUGCGCCUCGCUAAAGAAGCAGAGAAGUACCAAGCAUCACAUCAGUGGAGGGAUGAGUUUGGGAAUAAUGAUAUAAUCUAUUACAAUGCAAAAGAUGAUCAGAAUGAUCCUGAAAAGAAUGACACUGAAUCUGGCAGCCAGAGAAUCAGACCAGUAUUUGAAGAAGAUCCUGUUUUCCGACGGCAAACAUCUUACCAACAUGCAGCAGUCCACAUACCAACAGAUAUUUAUGAAGGCUCAACGAUAGUGUUAAAUGAACUCAAUUGGACUGCAGCAUUGGAUGAUGUAUUCAAGCGGAACAGAGAAGAAGACCCCACUUUAUUAUGGCAAGUUUUCGGUAGUGCAACUGGCCUCGCUAGGUAUUACCCAGCUUCCCCAUGGGUAGAUAAAAGUCGAACUCCAAACAAAAUAGAUCUGUAUGAUGUUCGCAGAAGACCAUGGUAUAUCCAAGGAGCUGCAUCUCCCAAAGACAUGCUUAUUUUAGUUGAUGCGAGCGGGAGUGUCAGUGGAUUGACAUUGAAGCUGAUCCGCACCUCGGUCAUUGAGAUGUUAGAGACCUUGUCUGACGAUGACUUUGUGAAUGUAGUUUCAUUUAACAAUAAUGCCCAGAAUGUCAGUUGCUUUAAUCAUCUUGUCCAAGCUAAUGUGAGGAACAAGAAGAAGCUGAAAGAAGCUGUCUAUAAAAUCUCUGCCAAAGGAAUUACAGAUUACAAAAAAGGCUUUAGCUAUGCUUUUGAACAGCUGCUAAAUCACAGUGUCUCUAGAGCUAACUGCAAUAAGAUUAUUAUGUUGUUUACGGAUGGUGGUGAAGAAAGAGCACAAGAAAUUUUCCACAAAUAUAAUGAAGACAAAAAAGUACGUGUGUUCACAUUUUCUGUUGGUCAACAUAAUUAUGACAAAGGACCCAUACAGUGGAUGGCCUGUGAAAAUAAAGGUUAUUAUUAUGAAAUUCCGUCCAUUGGAGCCAUAAGAAUAAACACCCAGGAAUAUCUGGAUGUUUUAGGAAGACCAAUGGUUUUAGCUGGAGAGAAAGCCAAGCAAGUUCAAUGGACAAAUGUCUAUCUGGAUGCUCUGGAGCUGGGCCUUGUGAUUACUGGAACUCUACCUGUCUUCAAUCUAACAAAAGAACAAAAUGGGAAAAUAAAUCAGCUGAUUCUUGGAGUAAUGGGGGUUGAUGUCUCUUUGGAGGACAUAAAAAAACUGACACCCCGAUUUACGCUUUGUCCAAACGGAUACUAUUUUGCGAUUGAUCCUAAUGGGUAUGUGCUACUUCAUCCAAAUCUCCAACCAAAGCAAAUUGGUGUGGGCAUACCAAAAGUUAAAUUGAGAAAAAGGAGACCCAAUGUACAGAAUCCUAAAUCCCAGGAGCCUGUUACGCUGGAUUUUCUCGAUGCUGAAUUGGAAAAUGAUAUUAAAGUUGAGAUUCGGAAAAAAAUGAUAGAUGGAGAAAGUGGAGAAAAAACAUUUGAAACAUUGGUCAAGUCCCAAGAUGAGAGAUAUAUUGAUAAAGGAAACAGAACAUAUACAUGGACGGCUGUGAAUGGCACUGAUUACAGUUUGGCAUUGGUGUUACCAUCAUACAGCUUUUAUUAUAUUAAAGCCAAAAUAGAAGAACCAAUAACUCAAGCCAGCUAUUCAGAAACACUGAAGCUUGAUCAUUUUGAUGAAGCUGGCUAUACGUUUAUAGCACCAAGAGAGUACUGUAAUGAUGUAAAAAAAUCAGAAAACAACACUGAAUUUCUAUUAAAUUUCAAUGAAUUUAUUGACAGAAAUACUCCAAGCAGUCCAUCAUGUAAUACUGAUAUGGUCAUUAGAGUUUUGCUGGAUGCAGGAUUUACAAAUGAACUUGCCCAAAAUUAUUGGAGUAAACUGUCUCUUGAUGGAGUUGUUGCACAAUUUGUUGUUACGGAUGGUGGAAUUACCAGAGUGUUCCCAAAAAGGGCAGGAGAAGAUUGGUUGGAAAAUGCUGAAACAUAUGAAGUCAGCUUCUAUAAACGGAGUUUAGAUAAUGACAACUAUAUUUUCACAGCUCCGUACUACAACAAAAGUGGUGCCAAUAGCUAUGAAACAGGUAUUAUGGUAAGCAAGGCUGUGGAAAUAACAAUUAAUGGGAAGCUUCUGAAACCAGCAGUUGUUGGAAUAAAAAUUGACGCAACCAGCUGGAUGGAAAAUUUCACAAAAACCACAAUCAAGAGCCUGUGCAACAGUGAAAUCUGUGGCUGUGAGCGAAACAGUAUGCAUGUGGACUGUGUUAUCCUUGAUGAUGGUGGAUUUCUUUUGAUGUCAAAUCGGGAUGAAUAUACACAACAGAUUGGAAGAUUCUUUGGUGAAAUUGAUCCUGGCCUGAUGCGAAACCUGAUUAACAUGUCCCUGUAUGCCUUUAACAAGUCGUAUGACUAUCAAUCGGUCUGCGAUCCUGAAGAAGAACCAAAGCAAGGAGCUGGCCUUCGUUCUGCAUACGUGCCUACAAUAACAGAUAUUUUGCAUCUAGGAUGGUGGGCUUCAGCAGCUGCCUGGUCUAUCUUACAGCAGCUGUUUUUGAGCUUGACUUUUCCACGUUUCCUUGAAGCAGCUGAUAUGGAAGAUGAUGAUUUCGGUGCCGCCCUGCCUAAAACAAGCUGUAUCACUGAGCAAACUCAGUAUUUCUUUGAAAAUGACGAUAAAUCCUUUGGUGGGAUAGUAGACUGUAUAAAUUGCUCCAGACUUUAUCAUGCGGAGAAGAUUUCAAACACCAAUCUAGUAUUCAUUAUUAGUGACAGCCAACUGCUGUGCCGCUCCUGUGACCCAAAGCCACUGAUGCAAGCGGAGAAGCCGGAUGAAGGGCCAAAUCCUUGUGAAAUGGUCAAACAACCUAGAUACAGAAAGGGUCCUGAUGUCUGUUUUGAUGAAGCCAAACAGGAAGAUUCGGCCGACUGCGGUGGUGUCUCUGGUCUGAGUCCAUCACUGUGGUCUGUGGUAGGAAUUCAGUUGGUCCUGCUUUGGCUGUUAUCUGGCAGCAGACACUGCCAGUUAUGACCUCGCUAAACCAAAACCUGCGUAACUUAAUCAAGACCUGGCCAAAACGAUAGCCUCAGUUUCAUUUUAAAAAGGGUCAGCUAUUCAGACAGCAGCAGAACAGCAGUGCUCGUGUCUGGUUAUCACUCGCUGUGAGACUCAUAAAGGCACCCACGGUGGCUGCAUGUUGGAGUGUCAGAUCCUUAAACGUGUGUGAAUGCUGCAUCAUCUAUGCCAUCCAAACAGAAUUCUGUACGUGCUCCAUUGGGGAAUCUAAAAAUUUUUUUUUUCAUUUGUUUGUUGUUGUAAUCUUGAUGACUUCUUCAUGUAAAAGGGCUCCCCUGACAAUAGCUUAUGCAUAUGAUUUUAAUUUCUUUUAAGCUUUGGAUAUCUUGAAGAUUUAUAUUCUUUUACAUAAACAGUUAUUAAAAA